AGAAUAAAACAGAACUAGAAUUCAUCCCUCACCAGUUAUCCCACCAACUGCGGCUCUGAAUUCUAAUCGCAUCAUCAUAUAAAGCUUAGGAAAAGCCACAUAUCACAUCUACUACUUCAUCUUUUUUUUUUUUUUUUUUUUUUUUUAUAAUAAGAUAAUAUAAAUACUUGUAGUAGUAUAUAUCUAUUACCUCUGUUAAUUGGACUUUUUCAAGCUGGCUGCUGAGGCUACAUUUCUGCUGCCUGCUUACCCGUUUGUUGUGUUCUCUCUCUGUAGUUGGUUGGUUGACCAUGGAGUUGGUUGUGGAUUUUGGGGUGAAGAAGAUGGAGGGCGAGGCAGUAAUGAGGAGCAACCAGACUUUAAUUUGUGCACCAAUUAUGGCUGAUUCAGUGGAUCAAAUGUUGAUUCUUAUGCAAAAGGCUAAAAGUAGUGGUGCUGAUCUUGUGGAGGUUCGGUUGGAUAAUCUCAAAAGCUUUAAUCCUAGGCCAGAUAUUGAUACUUUAAUCAGACAGUCUCCUUUACCUACUCUCUUUACUUACAGGCCCACUUGGGAAGGUGGUCAGUAUGCUGGUGAUGAAAUGAGCCGAUUAGAUGCACUUCGAUUAGCAAUGGAGUUGGGCGCUGAUCACAUUGAUGUUGAGCUAAAGGCUAUCGACGAGUUCAACAAUGUUCUGCGUGGAAAUAAGUCUACAAAAUGCAAACUGAUUGUUUCUUCUCACAACUAUGAUAGCACACCGUCAGCUGAGGAUCUUGGCAAUCUAGUAGCAAAAAUACAGGCAUCUGGAGCUGACAUUGUGAAAUUUGCAACAACUGCACAGGAUAUCACUGAUGUUGCACGUGUUUUCCAAAUUACAGUACACUCUCAAGUAAGCGGCGUACCAAUAAUAGCCAUGGUCAUGGGAGAGAAGGGUUUGAUGUCUCGAAUACUUUGUCCAAAAUUCGGUGGAUACCUCACGUUUGGUACUCUUGAAGUGGGAAAAGUUUCGGCUCCUGGGCAACCAACAAUUGAAAAUCUUUUGAAUUUAUACAAUUUUAGACAGUUGGGACCAGAUACCAGGAUAUUUGGCAUUAUUGGGAAGCCUGUUAGCCAUAGCAAAUCACCUUUAUUAUAUAAUGAAGCUUUCAGAUCAGUUGGGUUUAAUGGUGUUUAUCUGCAUUUGCUGGUAGAUGAUGUUGCAAAUUUUUUCCAGACUUACGCAUCUUUAGAUUUUGCUGGCUUCAGCUGUACAAUUCCUCACAAAGAAGCCGCUCUCGACUGCUGCGAUGAAGUUGAUCCUACUGCGAAGUCAAUAGGGGCUGUCAAUUGCAUUGUAAGGCGACCUGAUGGGAAGUUGUUUGGUUGCAAUACAGACUAUGUGGGUGCAAUCUCCGCCAUUGAAGAAGCGUUGCAAGGUUCACAGCUUAGUGUAUCUGGGUCACCCUUGGCUGGUAAAUUGUUUGUGGUCAUUGGUGCUGGUGGUGCUGGAAAGGCGCUUGCUUAUGGUGCAAAGGAAAAGGGGGCUAGGGUGGUGAUUGCUAAUCGGACCUAUGAACGAGCGAGAGAACUUGCAGAUGUAGUUGGAGCUCAGGCUUUGUCUCUUGAUGAACUUAGCAAUUUCCAUCCAGAAAAUGAUAUGAUUCUUGCAAAUACUACCUCAAUAGGCAUGCAACCAAAGGUUGAUGAUACACCAAUCUCUAAGGAGGCUUUGAGGUACUACUCACUUGUUUUCGAUGCUGUUUAUACACCCAAAAUCACGAGACUCUUGCGGGAAGCUCAAGAGAACGGAGCAAAAGUUGUGACAGGAGUUGAAAUGUUUAUCGGGCAGGCAUAUGAGCAAUAUGAAAGAUUUACAGGGUUGCCAGCUCCUAAGGAACUUUUCAAGAAUAUAAUGGCUACAUACUGAGAGGGUCCCUUUUGCUUUUCAACCGAGCUGCUUUCCUAAAUCCUUCAUGAUUGUGUAUAGCAAUUCUGUUAGAGGUCGCUCUUCCACCGUGUGCUUUGGAGGAAGUAGUUAUAUCCAGGUAAUCGUACCAUACUUUUUUGCCGAACAAGAGGAUGUUCAGAGAAGCAGUCAGACAUAACAGUUCAUCAGGCUACUUUAUGUUAUUUGAUCAAUCCAUGGCAGGAAGAUCCACCAUCUUUCUGGCUUAUAUUAGACUCUUCUUGAUUCUUUGACAACUGUUGAGAGGAAAUUCCUCUGUACCUCCAAUUGUGCUUUCAUUAAGCAGAGAUAUAGACAGUGCUUCAUCACUGAGACCAUACUUGGAAAUUCCUCUUGACUAUCAUUAUUAGAAAAAUGUUUUGUCACUUUAUUGUAUCAAUACUAAGACAGUUUUGACUUUGUAACAACCGAGUUGCAAGCAUGAUGUACUGCCAGUUUGACUUUUAUAUUAAUCAAUUCAGGUCCCACUUUUCUGGGCUGGUCCAA